AUGGUGGCGGUGACCGCGGUUCUCUACCGGCUCGAUCCGUUCGAUCCGGUCCACUUUCCGGCCGAUGAGUUGAGCCGGAAAACUGCGACAGUUCCGGCUCGUAACUCGCGGAUGAUGGAAGGGUCUGAGCUUGUGGCACGGGGAGAAGUGACGGGGCCUGAAGACUUGGCUUAUGACAAGAAGCGGCGCGUGAUUUACACGGGAUGUGGUGAUGGGUGGAUCAAACGAGUCACGGUGAAUGAGUCAGUGGAUGACUCGGUGGUUGAAAACUGGGUCAACACGGGCGGAAGGCCGCUCGGACUCGCUUUGGAAAGAAACGGCGAACUCAUUGUUGCUGAUGCCGAUUUGUGGACCCACCAGACUAGGUGCAGAAAAUAUUACAUACAGGGUCCUAAAAAAGGAACAAUAGGCGAAUUUUGUCCUGACAUACCUGGCAUGCCGGAUAAUAUUCACUAUGUUGGUCAAGGGCAGUAUUUUAUUGGAUUGGCCACGGUAACAUAUUCCUUAACUUCAUUAUUUAACUUUUGAGUAAAGUACACUCACCCCCCUUAAGGUUUGUUAGAAUUACACUCCA